CGAGAAAGCUAUUAAUUAAUAGCUUCCCCAUCAUCAAAAUUCAAAAAAUAAAAUAAAAUAAGACCAUUUUGAUCGAGAAAGAAAUUAAUAAUAAAAUCAACCGGAAAAUUAAAUAUGGCUUCAUCAAGAAAGCUGCAGAUUUCUUUCUCAUCAAUGGCCUUGGUAAUGAUAAUAAUAUGUGGUGCAUGGCAGGAAGCGGGCGCGGCGGGAGAUGACAUUAAUUCUAACUCUUCGUCAUUAUUCUGCGACGGGUUGCCGGCCGGCAGCGCCCCCUUCUGCAGGGAGGUUCUGGAGGGCGAGACGGAGUGGGAGAAGGCGAUCGUGAAGAUGAUAGGGGCGACGGUGAAGAAGGUGAAGGCGGCGGAGCCAGCGGCAGCGGGGAUCGGAGGGAGGCUGCCGGCGAGCAUCCCGGAGGCGGACAGGGCGAACAUCGACGAGAAGUGCAAGAGCGGGUUCGAGUACGCGCUGCACAACCUGCGGCGGGCGAUGAAGAGGAUCCGCGGCGGCGUGUACGCGCGGACGGACAACGUGGUGUACUCGGCGUGGGCGGGCAUCUACGAGUGCAGCGGCGCCCUCAACCACUUCAAGGUGGACAUGAGCGAGGAGCCCUUCAAGGUCCAGAAUCACGCGGAGAAGGCCGUCGCCGCUUGCCACGGAGCGGUUUCCAAGGCCUUGGAUGCCGGAGGCUUCAACAAUCCACCACUUGAAAACUAAUCCUUUCAUUUGUACUGUAUGUAUUUGCAUAAUGCAUGGCGGCGCGCGCAACACAUACAUAUGUCGUACGUACGAUAUUAAUUAAUCAAUCAAUUAAAGUGGAUCAUAUCCAUAUCCAUGCAUAAAUUUUGUGAGACUAAUUGAAUUCAAUGGAUGUUUAACCAUUGAUCUCCAAAGUCUCCAAAUAAUAUUAACAACAAUUACUAGUACGAUUAAGUGCAUGGAAGAAUCCA